AUGAUAAUAAAUGGGACAAACAAGCUGAUUAUACAGAAUUCUCCCGAGGCAUUCAAGAAAAUGGAACUCAAAAACCCAAGGAAGCAGGGGGCCGGAAACUUGUGCCGUUUCUUGUACCUGAUACGUCUCCGACGACACAGGGACGGCUGGGGUACGUACCGGAGACGUGCCACGGUGGCAGGCAAUCGACAGCAACUGCUUUUGCUUCUUUUACCAAUCAAGUACACUGCUGGGAUAAACUUGAACAAGUCAGAUUUUUCUGUUGCUCUUUUGAUUGGUAGUGGGACUGGAAGUAAUAGUGGGAGCGAGUCAAUUUCAAUGUCCCAAAAUGAGAAUUUAUCUUCAUUGUGGAAUUAUAUGACAAAGAUAGAAAAGCGAGGGACUGUUGGAGGAACUUGGAAUUUUCGUUGCAACAUUUGCGGCGAAACUCGUAAUGGAAGCUAUACUAGGACAAAGGCACAUUUGCUUCAAAUUUCAGGUGAAGGAGUUGCAAUUUGCAAAAAGGUAACUAGAAAUCAAAAACUUGAAAUGGUAAGGUUGGUAGAAGAGUGGGAGAAUAGAAAGAAACAAGAAGUAACUCGAGAAGUUUCUUUGCCCUCUCAAUCUUCAGCUGGAAUUAAGAUUGAUUCUUCUUCUAAGAAGAGAAAACCUAGCUUGUCACCUCUUGCUAGAGCAUUCGACAUGAAUACGAGAGCCCAAUUAGAUGAAGAAAUUGCAAGAAUGUUCUACACCGGUGAUUUGCCCUUUAAUCUUGCUAGAAAUCCUCAUUAUCAUAGGGCUUUCACUUUUGCUGCAACUCACAAUAUUACUGGUUAUGUUCCCCCUGGUUAUAAUAAAUUGCGAACCACAUUGCUCCAAGAAGAAAAAAAUAAUGUUGAGAAGCUCUUGCAACCGAUUAAAGCAACAUGGAAAGAAAAAGGAUUAACUAUUGUGUGUGAUGGUUGGAGUGAUCCAACAAGAAAGCCUCUCAUUAAUUUCAUGGCUACUUCUGGAAAUGAGCCUAUGUUUCUUAAAGCUGUGAAUUGUUUUGGUGAAGUCAAAGAUAAGUUUUUCAUUGCUAAUUUGAUGAAAGAAGUGAUUGAUGAGGUUGGUCAUCAAAAUGUGGUGCAGAUUAUUACUGACAAUGCAGCUAAUUGCAAGGGGGCAGGAGAGAUUAUUGAGAGCAUGUAUCCUCAUAUUUAUUGGACACCGUGUGUUAUCCAUACACUUAAUCUUGCCUUGAAGUAUAUUUGUUCAGCAAAAAAUGUCAAGGGAAAUGAGGAAACAUAUGACUUGUGCCAUUGGAUUACCGAUAUUCAUGGGGAUGCCGUACAAAUCAAGAAUUUUAUCAUGAACCACAAUAUGAGAUUGGUAAUCUUUCAAAGAUUUAGUCCUCUUAGGUUACUUUCAGUUGACGAUACUCGUUUUGCUUCGAUCAUUGUGAUGCUUAAGAGGUUUAAGCUCAUCAAACAAGGACUUCAAGCAAUGGUCAUUAGCGACGAAUGGAAUUCUUAUAGGGAGGAUGACAUGGUGAGAGCAAACUUUGUGAAAGAAAAGCUUGUGAGUGAUGAUUGGUGGGAUAAAAUAGCUUACAUCCUUGAUUUUACAAAGCCCAUCUAUGACAUGCUUAGAGUAUGUGACACCGAUAAGCCAUGUCUUCAUUUGGUAUAUGAGUUGUGGGAUUCCAUGAUUGAGAAAGUGAAGUGUGAAAUUUACAAGAAGGAAAAAUGUCCUCUUUCAGACUUCAGUCCUUUUUAUCAUGUUGUUUAUGGGAUUCUUAUAGCUCGUUGGACAAAGAGUUAUACUUCUCUUCAUUGCCUAGCUCAUUCACUAAAUCCAAGGUUUUAUAGUGAUGGUUGGCUAAGCGAGGAUCCUUGUAGAGUUGCUCCUCAUAGAGAUGGUGAAAUAUCUCGAGAUAGAGUGAAAUGUUUUCGUAGGUUAUUUCCAAAUGAUGAUGAUUAUGACAAAGUCUUGGAUGAAUUUGCUUGUUUCUCACUUAAGCUCGAGCCUUUUGAAGAUUUGAUGUCUCUUACAAAGAGGUAUUCUUCGGAUCCGAAAAGUUGGUGGGCUAACUUUGGUGCUGAAAUUCCAUUGCUUCAAUCUUUGGCUUUCAAAGUGCUUGGACAACCUACGUCAUCCUCUUGUUGUGAAAGAAAUUGGAGCACUUAUUCUUUUAUUCACUUACUUAGGAGGAAUAAGUUAAAUCCGAGUCACACCGAAGAUUUAGUUUACAUCCACUACAAUCUUCGUCUUUUAUCAAGGAGUUCUUGUCAAUAUGAGGAUGAGAAAACCAAGAUGUGGGAUGUUGGUGGAGAUGCUUUUGAUUCAUUGGGAGAUGUUGGGUAUUUAGAGUUUGCCGAACUCUCGCUUGAUGAGUCGGAUUUAGAGAGUCAGUUAAUCUCAGAAGAUGUUAACAAUGUUUGA